CAAUCAUCGACGGGCCUCUUUUUAACUUCCGUAUCUGCGAGGCAGCACGUAUUGUUGCGAGUAUCAACAUUAAGCCAUGGCUCCAUCACGGAAGAACAAGGUUGCUAAGGAAGAGGUGCAGGUUUCGCUCGGACCGCAGGUGCGCGAUGGCGAGGUUGUCUUCGGAGUAGCGCACAUCUACGCCAGCUUCAACGAUACUUUCGUGCACGUCACAGAUUUGUCCGGCAAGGAAACCAUUUCCCGCGUCACCGGAGGUAUGAAGGUGAAGGCCGAUCGUGACGAGGCAUCACCUUAUGCUGCUAUGUUGGCCGCUCAGGAUGUGGCGGAGAAGUGCAAGUCGCUCGGUAUCACCGCGUUGCACAUCAAGCUGCGUGCCACUGGUGGUAACCGCACCAAAACUCCUGGACCAGGUGCCCAGUCCGCCCUACGUGCGCUCGCCCGUUCAUCGAUGAAGAUUGGCCGUAUUGAGGAUGUUACGCCAAUUCCGUCUGAUUCCACUCGCAGGAAGGGUGGCCGUCGCGGUCGUCGUCUGUAAUCGUGCUUUCCAUGGAGAUGGUGGUGUGUUGUUUAUGUGAAAGUUCAAUUUUCUUGUACUGCCUGCGAUUGCUUUGAGUAUGUCGCGGCCUCCCACAAUAUUUUUGAAUUAUUUCUAUUUUGAUUAUUAAAAUGAUAAUGAUUGUUUCAAACAUUUUUUUUAUAAUCAUUUAUCAGACAAAUGAUGAAGAAAUAAAUUGCUACUGGCAUGUAUGAACACACACAA